AUGACUAAGGCUACCAUACCUGAACAGUUAGCCUUUGGAGCAAGUGAAGGGAAGACUCUAGCUGAUGUCUCAGGCUGGUUUGGGCCUACUCCAGCGCCACCUGUCGCUCCAGACUUGAACACCAAACUCGUGGAUGCCAUCUCUUCACUUGUGGAGAAAUGCCAAGCCACGCCUAUGGACGGACUCGGCUAUCGUAAACUUCGCUUGUUCUCCGGUGUGAAACCAACUCCACCGGGAGAGGAAGAGUAUGAUGCCUGGGCUGAGCAGACCACUCACAUGUUGGAUGAAUGGCAGUGUUCAGAUAUUGUCAAGAAGCAGAGGAUAGCUGAGAGUCUCAAAGGGCCAGCAGCAGACAUUGUCCGGUGCUUAAGGGUUAGUAACCCCUCUGUCACUGCCGAUGAUUACCUCAAAGCCCUGGAGGCAGCUUUUGGGACCACAGACAGUGCGGCUGAUCUCAUGGUAAGGUUCCGUGGUACAUUCCAGCAGGAAGGUGAGAAACUAUCAGCAUACUUGUUCCGUCUAGACAAACUGUUGCAUGCAGUUCAUCGUAAAGGUGGGGCUGAGGUGGCCGACCUGGACCAAAUUCGCAUUGAGCAGGUUGCACGAGGAGCUCUGUCCCAUGAUCUUGUUGCCAUGCGCAUUCGAACGAUGUAUAAGCUUAAACCUCCUCCAAGUUUCACAGAGUUGCUCCGUGAUGUCCGAGAAGAAGAGGAAAUGAUCCUGGCAAGGCAAAUAAUAAAAGAAGCGUAUGAGAAGUUCCAGGAAGCUUCUGACGGCCUGGCCGAGGAAAGGCGAGGGACCGUCUGGUUCACGAGGAGCAAGCCUUUCACUCUGGCCCCAGGGGGUGUUGCUACAGUGAUUGGCACUCCAAAGUUUCCUGGGCACCUGAAUAGUCAGGCCGUGGUUGUAGAUCACCCAGAGGAGGGCCCUUUCCCGGAAGGGCUGCUGGUAAUGCCUGUUGUAGAGGAGCCAGGAACUGUCCAGUGCCGUCACCUCGCAGUCACUUUGAGGAAUGUGUCUCAGCAGCCGGUGACAUUAAAACGUGGAAUGCCUAUUGCGCACCUAUUCCCAGUGGAUGUGAUGAAUAAGGGGCUAGGUAGGGAGGAGACGAUGCCACAUAUGUCUCAACUAUCCCCCUCCUCUUUCAACUUUGGGGACUCUCCUGUGUCUAUUGAGUGGAAGGAUAGACUGUGUUGGAAAAUGAUGGAGAGGAAAGAGGUCUUUUCUUGCAGUGAAUUUGAUGUAGGGUGUGCUAAGAGUACGCAGCACCACAUUCGAGUGACGAAUGAAACGCCUUUCAGAGAGCGUUCUAGACGUUUACCGCCAGGGGAUCUAGAGGAUGUGAGGAAACAUCUCCAUGAUCUAAAGGAGGCUGGAAUCAUCUCAGAAUCUCGGAGUCCUUACGCUUCUCCGAUAGUGGUGGUUCGGAAGAAAAACGGAACCAUACGUAUGUGUGUGGACUACAGAACCCUGAACAGGAGAACAAUUCCUGAUCAGUACACAGUCCCUCGGGUGGAGGAUGCUUUGGCUUGCCUGAGUGGUAGCCAGUGGUUCAGUGUGCUGGACCUCAGAAGUGGUUAUUAUCAGAUCCCUCUGAGCGCGGCAGACAAGGAAAAGACCACAUUCAUCUGUCCCGCAGGAUUUUACCAGUUUGAGCGGAUGCCCCAAGGGAUAUGUGGGGCCCCAGCAACCUUCCAACGGGUCAUGGAGCGGACUGUAGGAGAUAUGAAUCUUCUGGAAUGCCUGGUGUAUCUUGAUGACAUCAUUGUAUUUGGGCGAACAUUGGAAGAGCAUGAGCAGCGCCUUCUAAAGGUGCUGGACAGACUAAAGGAGGAGGGACUGAAGUUGUCUUUGGACAAGUGCCAGUUCUGCUGCCCUUCGGUGACUUACCUUGGUCAUGUUGUGUCCAGAGAUGGCAUUGCUACAGAUCCCUCGAAGGUUGACGCAGUGAAGUCGUGGCCACGCCCAGAGAGCAUUACUGCUCUUCGCUCUUUUCUCGGGUUUUGUGGGUACUACAGACGGUUUGUGAAAGAUUUCUCCAAGGUCUGUUAUCCUUUAAAUCAGCUGCUGCAGGGCUGCAUCGUAGCUAGAGGACCAAGAAGAGUGGCAGGGGCUAAGACUGCCUCUCAGCAUGGAAGGAAACCAACAUCAGGUCUGUGUCCAAAGGAGUGGCACCACCCUUCAGAGCCGUUUGGUCCUAGGUGGGAUGAGGACUGCGAGAAAGCUUUUGAAACGCUAAAAAGGAGUCUCACAGAGGCCCCAGUUUUGGCCAUCGCCAAUCCAGGACUGCCUUAUGUGCUACAUGUUGAUGCUAGUAGAGAAGGUUUGGGGGGUGUCCUCUAUCAGGAUCAGGGAGCAGGCCUGCGCCCUGUGGCUUUUGUCAGCAGAAGCCUUACCCCAGCAGAGAAAAAUUACCCCACCCAUAAGCUAGAGUUUUUGGCAUUAAAGUGGGCGAUUACCGACAAGCUGCAUGAUUACCUCUAUGGAGCUAAGUUUGAGGUGCACACAGACAAUAACCCAUUGACUUAUGUCCUGACCACAGCCAAGUUGGAUGCAGCAGGGCAUCGAUGGCUGGCAGAACUGGCCACAUAUGAUUUCAGCCUGAAGUACCGCCCCGGGAAGCAGAAUGUUGAGGCAGACGCCUUGUCACGGCGCUCACAUGUCCCUCCUGAGGCAUCUCAGGGGAGAGGGGCCAUGCCAGCUGACUCAGUCCAAGCUAUCUGCCAGAUGUCCUCAGUCAGACCACCUCGCUAUCGUCACUGCAGAGCGAUUGAUCUCAUGGGCUCAUCAAAAGGGGCGGUACCCAAAGCCUAUUGCAACUUGUCUUUCCUGAAUAUUCAGCAGCUGCCCCAACUGACUCCAACAGACCUCUCAUAUUCACAGCAGAAAGACCCCUGCAUUGGCGAAGUGUGGCAUGCGGUUAAUCAGAAGAAUGCCGAGCGUGCCAACAAAGUGAGACAUCCUGAUGUGUCUUUGCUGCUGAAAGAGUGGGAUAAGUUACAGGUUGUGAAUUCCGUAUUGUACAGGAUGAGUAAGCCACCCAACAAGCCGCCUCGCCAGCAACUGUUGCUUCCCCAAGAGUUCCGAGAGACAGUACUCCAGUCUCUACAUGACCAGUCGGGCCAUCUUGGGUUUGAGAAGACCUAUGGGCUGCUACGGGAGAGGUUUUAUUGGCCUCGCAUGAAGACACAGGUUGAAAGGUACUGUAAAAGCUGUCUCAGGUGUAUUCAGAGGAAAACACUGCCCAAGAGAACUGCUGAGUUGUCGCAUCUUCGCAGUGAUGGACCGAUGGAUCUCGUUUGCAUGGAUUUCUUGACGAUUGAGCCUGAUUCCAGCAACCUCUUCAACGUGCUUGUGAUUACAGAUCACUACACCCGCUAUGCUCAAGCUUUUGCAACUAGGGAUCAGAAGGCGGAAACUGUCGCUAAGGUUCUGUGGGAGAAAUACUUCAUCCACUAUGGGCUGCCCAAGAGGGUGCACUCUGAUCAAGGCAGGGAUUUUGAGAGUCGGCUCAUCCAUGAGUUGUUGGGCAUGCUCGGCAUAAAGAAAUCAAGAACUACACCUUACCAUCCUCAGGGCGAUCCCCAGCCGGAGCGGUUUAACCGAACUCUGCUUGAUAUGCUCGGGACCCUUGACGCGCCAGACAAAAGGAAAUGGGGUAAGCACAUUGGCUAUCUCGUACAUGCGUACAACUGCACGCUGAAUGAGUCAACCGGCUACUCGCCGUAUUUCCUAAUGUUUGGUCGAGAGGCUAGGUUGCCAGUAGAUGUGGCAUUUGGAGCAUCGGGUGACGGUACCUCCAACAAAUCCUAUACAAGAUACGUCAAAAACAUGAAGCGUGAGCUUCAAGCUGCAUAUCAGUUGGCUGAGAGUGUGUCGAAAAAGAGGAAUGAAGGGAACAAGCGACAGUACGAUCAGAGGGUCCGUUACUGCCCUUUAGCUCCUGGUGACCGCGUCUUGAUUCGAAAUCUUGGACUGCAGGGGAAGGCCAAGCUUGCUGACCGCUGGAAGGACACCCCUUAUGUUGUGGAGGAUCAACUUCCUGGGUUGCCUGUGUUCAGAUUGAAGCCAGAGGGUGAAUUGGGCCCUGGGAAAGUACUGCACCGCAAUCACAUUCUGCCUAUUGGGCAGGAGGUACGGUGGCGGUCUGAAAAGACUACAGAGGCAUCCAAAUUUAAAAGGAGGGCUAGUAAGCGGCUCCAAACGAGAGAUGAGAGUUGUGGUCGCUCAUGCUUGCCAGCGGUUGAACUGGAAUGUGCAAGGGAGCCUGAGUCUGAUUCAGAAGAAGAAGAAACGGGGGUCUGGUAUGACUGUUAUCCUCAGAGGAGGUCACCGGAGCCAGAGCCUUUAAGCAGUGGAUCUGUUGAACUCGUUGACCUGGAUUUGGGUCUGGAUGUUCUCACGAAUGGCUCAGGGCUGGAAAUGACUGCGGUUGAGGGGCCGGCAGUGAUGGACGUGGAUGGACCCACUGCAACUUGUAGGACGGAUGUUCCGGGAGAUGAAGUCGAGUGUGGUGCUGGGGUACGGACAGCAGAAGAAGUGAGUGAGGGACGGGAUAAUGUCGCAGAGAACUCGGCGGGGUCUGCGCGGCCUCAGCGACUGAGAAGGGCCCCUACCCGACUCACCUAUGAUAAGCUGGGGAGCCCCACUACAGUAGCUGUUAGCACACAUAGAGCUAUUUCAGUUAAGGUUGGGGAAGGUUUCGCUAGUUUCUCUUCACCUCCUAUCCGGAGAUACACCAGCACUUUGUACAAGUGGAUAGGUUGAAGGGAAUGUAUAUAUUCUGUUCUAAUAUGAUGUUGAAAGGAUGGGACGUGAUGUGGGUUGCUUGUCAUGAGGACAUGACAAAUUUUGGUGGGGGAAGAGUGUAGCCCCUACGCAACUUGUUCUCGUGUAGUUGGAUGUUUGGGGGCGGGAUGUUCCGGGGGA